AUGGUGGAAGGUACUUUGAAUGUGGCCGAAUUCUAUCGCGAUGCUACCGUGCUGAUUACCGGUGGUACGGGUUUUAUUGGCAAAGUGUUGGUGGAAAAGUUGCUCAGAUGUUUCGAGGUGAAGAAGAUCUUUUUGCUGAUCCGCCGUAAAGAAAAUGCUAGUGCUUCGGAUCGUCUACAGCGGAUGCUGGAGGGACCGAUAUUCGACAGGAUACGUAGUACGGCACCGGACGCGAAGGAGCGCUUUGCAAAGGUGGUCGCUAUGGACACUACAUUUGAGCGGGAAGACAUUGUCGACGAUGUGGACAAGGCAAAACUGUGCAAUGAAGUGCAGAUCGUUUUCCACGUGAUGGCAUCCAUCCGGUUCAACGAGGUGCUUGAUGAGGCGAUCGCCAUUAAUGUCACCUCCGCCCAACGACUUUACGCGCUCGCCAGCUCAAUGGCGGAACUACGGUCGAUCGUACACGUGUCGACAUUCUACUCGAAUUGCGAUCGCAUGUACAUUGAGGAGCGCAUAUACGAUGACGUACCGUACGGUGGACUGGACCACAUUCAGCGCUUCUUCAAGAGUCUCAACCAGGGUGAAAAGGAGCGCAUCACACGGCUGGUUCUGGGCGACAUGCCGAACUCGUACGUUUUCAGCAAGAAGUGUGCGGAGGCAAUGAUUGGCCAGGAGUUUGAUAAGCUGCCGAUCGGUAUCUUUCGACCACCGAUCGUAAUAUCGAGCUACCGGGAACCGGAACCGGGAUGGGUCGACUGCUUCCACGGUGCUACCGGGCUUUGUGUGCCGGUAGUGCUCGGUAAGACCAUGUGGUACUAUGGAGAUCCGGACGUGAAACCAUUCAUGUCACCGGUCGAUCACACCGUUUCGGGCAUGUUAGCAGCGGCGUGCGAUAUUUACCGAAGGCAGUGCACGAUCUUGCCGGUCGAGAAACCGGUUCCGGUGUACAACUUUACGUUCGACAAGAACAGAUUCACCUUCGGUGAUUACGCGCGACUCGUUAGUUCCGGUCUGAGGAACCCAUUGGAUCGAUGGUUGAGUCGCAUCAAAUAUCGCAUCAGUCUUUGGAAAAUAUUUCCCCAAAUCCUGCUGUGGCUGAUGACACUGCAAGCCCGUGCUGCCGAUGAAAUAUUAGCCUGGUUCGGAAAGCGUGGCAGUAACCUGAAAAUCGUUUCCGCCAUCACCGCACUGGCCAAUGCCGUCGAGUACUUCCGAUUGCGCAUGUGGACGAUGGAUAACAGCAAUGUGAAGCGGAUGCUGUCGCUCCUGUCCCGUGACGAUGCGCAGCGGCUUGACUUUGAUGGCGAACGGAUCGAUUGGAAAGAUUAUCACAAAUCGUACGCCAAGGGUAUCGCCAUGGAGCUGAUGAGAAAAAAUCACCGCAGACAGCAAUACCGGAAGUCAUCGUUGCAGUCGUCGACUAAGCGUAAUUGA